UGCUAUCCGCCGCCUGUUGGUCUUUCACAGUUGGUGACGAGUAUUAUGAAAAUGGCCUCGACCCUGCCCGUAAGCGCGACUAUCCAGAGAAGAUGACGACGCUGAGCUCGCCGAGUCAGUCAAACACCAAAGUGUCUUCUUUGAACACGUAGGUAUUGGUAAGGAAAAGCGAAAGAAAGGGCCUGUCGGCGGAGGAACCGUCAAGAAAACCCUCCGGACCGCAGCGUAUUUUCGACAGGCUGAGGAGUCACCAUGGAGGAUAUCAACUCUAACAUCAACGCGGACCUGGAGGUGCGGAAGCUCCAGGACUUGGUGAAAAAGCUGGAGCAGCAGAACGAGCAGCUCCGGAGCAGGUCCACGAUGUUGUCUUCGUCCGGAGCCGUGUCGGCGAACCACAGACCCCUGAGCGCCGGGUACGACUCGUCCUCCCUGUCAGCGGGGAUGGCAGCCGGUCUGGCCGGCUUCCCUGGGGUGGGGUUCGGCGGUCCGGGCGGCUACGGACCGCCGAUGGAGAACAACCGCUGCUCGAGACCCCGGCUGUCCUACGACGGCAUCAGCUUCAAGAGGGCGUAUGAGUGCGAGGGGGCAUCUGCUGCCAUGAACUCCCUUUACCCAGACAACGCUGGCGGGGGGCUGGCGGCUGACGGGGAAACCUCGAUCCUAGAUGAAGUGGACAUCUUAGAUCUUGAAGACAUGGACUGUCUAAACGAAGACGAGGACAGCUGGUUAUAUGAAUCAAAACUGAACAGUCCGCUGCAAAAAACUUUGAGUCCUAUCGUGUGGUGUCGGCAAACUCUGGACAACCCCAGUCCUGAGAUGGAGUCGGCCAAACGCUCGCUCAUCCACAGGCUGGACCUCACCCUCUCAGCCAACAAGCGCCGGAGCCUGUAUGGAAGCCCUUAUCUACAGCAGAACUACGGAAGCCCAUAUAGCACAAAUGCAGCCAACAGCCCCUACAGCAGCGGCUUCAACUCCCCGUCUUCAACGCCCUGCAGAGUUCCUAUUGUCCGCCAGCAGCUGAUGCCCAGUAACUCUGUGCACCAGAGAAACGCAGCGGCGGAGAGGAAUCCUCCGGCGAUUAGUCCGCAGUCAUCAGUGGACAGCGAGCUGAGCACAUCGGAGAUGGACGAGGACUCGGUGGGCUCCUCGACUACGUACAAACUCAACGACGUCACAGACGUCCAGAUAAUGGCACGCAUGCAGGAAGAGAGUUUGAGGCAGGAGUACGCCGCCACGGCGUCCCGGCGGAGCUCGGGUUCUUCCUGCCACUCGCUGCGGCGCAGCACCUUCAGCGACCAGGAGUUGGACGCGCACAGUCUGGAGGACGAGGAAGAGGCGGUGCACAUGUCCUUCGCCUCCAACCUGCCCUCCAGCCGUUUCAGUCCAUCCCCUCGGCACUCCCCCCGUGUCUCUCCGAGGAACUCCCCACGCUCGCGCUCACCUGCCCGCUCCAUCGACUACGGCCACAGCCGGGGCUCGCCGCAGCCCAUCAUCAGCCGGCUGCAGCAGCCGCGCCACUCGCUGCAGGGCCACGGCCACGACCUGCAGACCAGCGUGGUUAAGAACGAAGAGAAGCUUCGCAGAAGUCUGCCCAACCUCACGCGCUCGGCCGCCGCGACGGCUCAGUCGCCAGAGCCGGUCAAGAACAGCCGCAGCUGCGAGUCCAACCUCCAAGUGCCAAACGGCGGCUCUCCCCGACACCAGAGCCAGUCUGCCACUGCUGCUCAGCUCCCGAGAUACUCCGGUACUUCUCGCUCAUCCCCGAAACCCAAACAGCUUCUCCAAAAGCCAACCGCCCUGCGAGUCCCACUCUCCUGUUGCUUUGGAGAAGAUGGUGAUUUCAUCCCCUCUCCCAGUAAACUCCGAACUCCAGCCACGCCAUCACCGCUGGCUCUGAGGCAGCCUGUGAAGGCCACGUCCACGCCCAAUUCUGCCACCUCCACCCCGACCCGCUCGCUGGCUCCGCCCCGCAGUGGCCUUCCUCGACCGAGUGCUGCUGCAGGAGGAGGCAUCCCUCUGCCUCGCAGCAAGCUGGCUCAACCAGUGCGCAGAUCUCUUCCUGCUCCUAGAGCUUACGGCAGUACAGGCGACAACUGGAGAGAAGGUUGUUACUGAGCCGAACCAGCAGGGGGCGCUCUCCGGCCACACUAUCAUCAGAACGAAGGCCACAACACGGCACUUUAUGAACCUACGUAAGAUCUUCUUUAGAGAGACAGACAAACGUGUAUAAAUCAGAGUUUUAAAAAGGAGAGGAGAGAAUCCCCAGUGUGUCAAAGGGCAUCCAUCCCAUCGUCGUUCUCUAGUGCGGCCUGUACAGAAAAUGCCAAAGAACCCAGAAGAGGACAUGCUGCCUGCAGUCAUGUCUCCAUGCCCCGGCCUCCCUCCCUCCCUCCCUAACGCCUCCUCUUUCAACCCUCAGGUUGAAAUGUUUCCACACAUUUCUGUUCUGCUCUGUGUUCAGCAGGUGUUGGUGAGUGAGCUCUAUGACAAUGGCGUGCAGGUGAACUGUCCUGUGAUGUUAACGCAAUUGUCUGAUGUCUUGCAACAGUGAAGGCACCUCUCUAGUGUGGGUGGAACUCUUUAAUCGUUCCUCUCAUAAAGUAAAAAAAUAAAAUAUUAAAAAGUCAGCCAGAAUGUAUGCACAAGUUUGUUUUACAAAUUAUUUAUUCAAAUUAUUUAAGAAGCAUAUGUCCAAACAUCCAUAUCAGUAUUUUGAAUUUAAAAAAUUGUGUUUCUAGAGAAUGUUCAAGAUGAACCUCAGCUGCAAGCUAACUCUCCAAAGCCUUGUUUUUGUCUUGAAGCGUCAGAUAAGCUCUGAUGGAAAACCAGAGAGUGAGAGACGCCUCAGCCAAAGCCUCAGUUCUAUUACGCCCCCUAAGGACGUUUCUCACAGUGCUCAGAGAAAGGACAGCUUAUCAAUAAACCCAAGUUGUUUUGGUUUCCAGAAUCUGACUCGUUUUGUUUUUUGUUGUGAUGGAGACGUUAUCGCUGUCACUCAUUCAGCUGAUGCAACCAAGACAACUCUAAUGUUUCCCAGUGAUCUGUGUGUGUCAAAAAUAAAAGGAAUUGAAAAUAAUUUGAAAGGUUUUGAUGGGCUUUCACGUGACGUGCUACAUGAAUCAAGAAAGGCAUGCCAGUGUUCGGACAGGUCUUUGGGUCAUUGCUUUGGUGGGUGUCUUAAACCAGUGCCUAUAAUUUAAAUUUUCACUUGAGGUUGAUUAUGAUUUGUGCCAAGAUGUUUUUCUUUUUUUUUUUUUUUUUUUUUUUUUUUUUUUGCAAAUGAUGUUUUCAGCUUUGCAUCUAUGCCUGGUUAAAAAUGCUUGUCUGUUUGUUUUUCUAACUAAAUCACACACUUAUAAUUGCUUUAAAAUGUUCCUUUUGCCUUUGUAUUUAUAUAUAUAUAUAAAUACUGGUUUUGUAAAUGAAACUAUUUAUUAAAGAGAUGGGUGCCUCUGUCAAAGCUCAGAUUCGGUGGGAAGCCAGGAUGAAUGUUGCAAAAAGACGUAUAGCACACACUUUGUGCGAACCAUUUUUUUUUGUUAAUGAACCUUUUUUAUAGCCACAACCAUGACAUUUGGAUUUCCUCUGUAAAGUCACAUUUCAAAUAAAACUUUAAAAGUUUC